UGGCGAUCUUCUGCAUUUGAGCAGAUCUGAGCAAACUUAUUCAUGCGUGCUGGUGUGCUAAAUAAUUUUGAGACGGCUUCAUCUGCUACAGGACUUCUUGUUCAGGAAUACAAACGAUGGUCUGACAUUCCCCACACAUCGUUCCCCUUUACUAGAUAAUUCAAGGAGCGGGAGUCUUCCUCUGUCCUCGUCGGCUAGCCAGCAUGGUUCUGAAGAUCUUCUUUCCCCAAUGCUGCAACAAGGCCGACAGCGGCCUCCUUGUAGGCCGCUGGUUGCCUGGCCAGAACUCGGCCGUGGUGCUGGCCGUGGUCCACUACCCCUUCAUCCCCAGCCAUGUGAAGAAGUACCUGAGUGAUCUGUGCAAGCAGUCGGAGGUGGAGCUGACAGUGCUGGGCUCCUGGAGCAUGCCCAAGGAGGGCCAGGAGGGAAUGGACAGCUUCCUGAAGGACCUCAGCACCAUCUUUCCGCACACGCGCUGGCUCCAGGUCAGCCGCGAAGUCGGCAAGAGAGGCUUCGCCUGCGACGUGGUCAACAAUGAGGGAGGAAGCAUCUUCUCUGAUAAACCCAAACUUAAACCCAAAGUGGCUAAUGGAAGCAGUAGCAGCUGCAGUGGGAAAGAGGAUACUGGCAGUUGCGGAGAUGAUGAUGAGGAUGAGGAUGAGGGUGAUGAUGGUAAGGAGAAGAUCAUCUUCAUCCACUAUGACCAGCGUAAGGUCAUGUUGUCACAGCUGCAUCCUGUCCAUGCCGUUGUGCCCGAGAACAAAGCAGACGCGUCGGAGCUCAGAGCGAUGUUCCAGACUGUAGCCGGGAGCCAGCCACUCUUCGUCCUAGACAGGUACGAUGACGGGCCGCUAAAGACUACGCACUGGCAGUCUGAUGGCCGGGAAGCCAGCAUCAUAGUGGAGCUGCUCAAGCAGGGAUCAGUCCCCACCUGCUUCCUCAUCACAUGGAUGCUGUCUCUGUGGCACUGGGUCUGCAACAUCAGAAUACUUAAUUCCCGUCCUGCACAGUUCAUUUCCAGCAAGCUCUCCACUUGUGUGCAGUUAGGAUACAGGACAGAGCAUCUUCAAACCGUGGCGUCUACAAAGAAAGCCACAGAGCACAUGGACUUCAUGAGGAAAGCCAACAUAUUAGUGUCCUUCCUUGUGGACAUGGCUUUGGGACUGCUGCUAGUGUCUUGGCUGUACAGAGAGAAUCGCAUUGGCACACUUGCUAAUACACUGGUACCAGUUGCAGAUCGUGUGGCCAAGGAGCUCCAGGAGCUGCUGCAGUGGCUGAUGGGAGCUCCGGCGGGGCUGAAGAUGAACAAGGCCCUGGACGAGGUGCUGGGCAGGUUCUUCCUCUACCACAUCCACCUCUGGAUCAGCUACAUCCAUCUGAUGUCUCCCUUCAUCGAGAUGAUCCUGUGGUAUGUGGGCCUCUCCGCCUGCCUGGGCUUGACCUUUGCCCUCUCCGUGCUGUCGGACAUAGUGGCCCUGCUGACCUUCCACAUCUACUGUUUCUAUGUAUACGGAGCCAGGCUGUACUGCCUGAAGAUCUACGGGCUGGCCUCCCUCUGGCGUCUCUUCCGGGGCAAGAAGUGGAACGUGCUGCGGCAACGCGUGGACUCCUGCUCCUAUGACCUGGACCAGCUGUUCAUUGGCACACUGCUGUUCACCAUCCUGCUUUUCCUGCUGCCCACUACAGCCCUCUACUACCUCGUCUUCACCCUGCUUCGUCUGGUGGUGGUGUUGUUCCAGGGCCUGGUUCACCUCAGUGUUGACCUCAUUAAUUCCUUCCCGCUGUUUGCCAUGGCCUUACGUGUCUGUCGGCCGUACAGACUAGCAGAGGGAGUGAAGUUUCGAGUGUUGACACAGGAACCAGGGACUCCUCUUCACCUCUUAAUGGAGAUCAACCCUAUAAAGUGCAGCACGGUGGUGCAAUGCUACCGGUUACCAACCUACAGCUGCUACCCGAAGGACUCGUGGGGGGCCCUGUGCAAGAAGCUCUUCCUCGGGGAGCUCAUCUACCCCUGGAGGCACAAGGGCACCAAGGCCGACUGAAAACUCCAGAGGAGAGCUGCCGAAAAGGGGGAACGAAGAACAAGCACCACCAGUGGGCCUGACUGGAUCCAAAAUGUUUUCCCUUAUUCACUGUAUUGUACACUACAUAGUUGUAGGAUACAGAACAAACUGAACUUGCUUGCACCCUACGGUAUGUAGUGAACUGCCGUAUGUUGUGAAUGGGUGAAUAUUUUUGGACGAGGCUACAAGCCUGCAGAAGGGGGAUGACAAGGGAACAUGCAAGGAAGACAGAGGGGAUGUGUUUUUUUUUCCCUCUUACAUUAUUUUUUUUUUCAAAGCUGUUGCUGCCAACCUAAUACACUGUUACAGACUGAGAAUCAUUAGAAAAUAUAGUGAUUGUAGUAUUUGUCUUUGAGGCAAAUGAUAUUUAGGAUUAUUUAAAGUAGUUAUUUUGUACAUGUGGAUCAUGAUAAAUAGUUUCUAAUUUUGAUGUCCGA